CACCGCCAGUACUGCUCGGUUUCCACAAGUAAUCACGUCACGCGGUGUUAAGAAACCUAUUUAAUUGUCAAUACCCGCUCUGUCCCAUCGCACACACAUCGAAAAUGCCUUCAGCAGACGUUGCGAUGCUCGUGGACAUGGGGUUCACGCUUUCCAAGGCAGAAAAAGCUCUCCAGAUGACAGGAAAUAAGGGUGUUGAGCCGGCGAUGGAAUGGUUGCUGGCUCAUUCUGACGAUGGUGAGCCCACUGCUGAGUCAUUGGAAGUCCAGGCAUCAGGAAGUGCACCUCCAGAAGAGGCGAAAGCUGCUGAGACAGCUGAGGAGCCUGUUGGAGAAGCUAAAUCACUGAAAUGCAAUGUAUGUGGGAAAUUAUUCAAAUCCUCUCUUGAAGUAGAGUUCCACGCAACCAAAUCUGGCCAUGACAGUUUCUCAGAGAGUCUAGAGGAGAAAAAGCCACUGACAGAGGAGGAAAAGAAGGAAAAAUUGAAGUUAUUGGAGGAGAGAAUGAAGCAGAAAAGAAAGGAACGAGAAGAGACUGAAAAGCAAGAGGCUUAUGAGAGAGAGAAAUUCCGAAUAAAAUCGGGGAAGGAGAUCGCAGAGGCUAGACGCAGAUUGGAAGAGUUAGAAAUGAAAAAACUCUUGGAGCAACGAAAGCGUGAGAAAGAGGAGGACAGAAUCGCUCGUCAGAAAAUUCGUGAGCAAAUUGAGGCUGAUAAAGCAGCGAGACGAGCCAGACAAGCCGAGGACAGUGGGAAUACAGCUGUUGUUUCUCCCACGAGCCCCACAGGCCCCAGUCCUGUUGCUCCAGCACCGAAAAGGGAUUACAAUCAAACAAAAAUUCAGAUACGUCUUACCAAUGGUGAAACACUGACUCAAAGCUUUGGCUCUAAAGAGCAGCUGUCAGCUGUGCGUCUAUACGUAGAAAUGCACAGAACUGAUCCUCCAGGAGCUUUUAAUCUUAUGACGAGCUUCCCUAGGAAAGUGUUCAUCGGUGACGAUUAUGAUGCACCUCUAGAUGUUCUUGGUAAUUAUUUUGUUUUGACUAUUAUAACUUUUCGGAGACAUAACAGUAUUUUUAUUUUAUUUUCCAGGUCUUGUGCCCUCAGCUGUCGUGAUUGUACAGAAAAACACGGAAGGAUAAGAGAAGUGGACUGAUAACAGCGCGGAGACUUCCCCACAGGUAAACGUGACGUAUGCAUUCAUGCAUAAAUACACACAUCACAAAAUGUGAAUCUCUUAUUUUGCAAUUAUUCUCUGUGAAUUCAUUCCUCUCACAAAUUCUGCUGAUGGGUCAACCGGUUCGUCUCAUAUUCUACAUAAAAGUGAAGUUGAAUUCAUGGAGAGAAUUCACUCAAUUUAUACUAGAAAACCUUUUUAUUCCGAGUGAACUUUCGAUGAAUGGUCGAUGUAGUUCUUCUCGUAAAUUAAUCGUAAUUCAGUCAAGUUCAUCCACUGAUUGCAUAAUGCCGAGGCAUUUCGGAAUUCAGAGAAGAUACAAAAAUGUCGUCAAAUUGAUUUUAUUUCGUAUUCAGAUCGUGUCCACAUUUUUUUUCUGAUAAAUAUCAGUCAAAAAUUA